CUGGCAUUGUUGAUAAUGCCCACUCUUGGCUGGAGGUGGCUGCUCGGCCUGUCCGUUCUACCAAUGGCAGUCUUUGUUUGCUUCUGCCUUUGGCUGCCUGAAAGUCCUCAUUUUGACAUGCGUGCGGGAAGAACAGAGAAAGCCAUGGCACUGUUAACGCGCAUCGCCAAAGAGAAUGGCAAGGCCAUGCCUCAAGGGAAAAUGAUUACAUAUUUACAGAAUGACCGUGGACGGGUCAAAGAUCUCUUUACUCCUCAGUAUUGGAGGACUACACUUCUUCUGUUGUAUAUAUGGUUUGCAAUUGCCUUCUGCUACUACGGGAUAGGCCUGUUGACAACUGAGCUGUUUCAAACUGGACAUUCAUGUGAACCAACCAUAGGGGCAAAUAAUGAACUGAGCUGUAGUCUGGAAUGCAAAUAUUUGACAUCAGCUGACUACACAGACCUUUUAUGGACGUCUAUGGCUGAAUUCCCAGGUUUUUUCUUUAUUCUUAUAGCAAUUGACCGUAUUGGCAGGAAAAAGACCCUUGCUCUGUGUUUCUUCACAUUAUCUUUGUGUUUUCUGCCCUUAUUUGCGUGUAUUGGGAGGACAACUCUUACAAUCUUCAUCUUUAUUGGCAGAACCUUCAUAUCUGGAGGAUACCAAGCUGCUUUUAUUUACACAACAGAGGUGUUCCCUACAGAAAACAGAGCCUUAGCACUGGGGAUUUGCAAUGGGGUGUCGAAGGUGGGGGCCCUGAUUACCCCCUUUGUGGCACAGGUGAUGCUCGGGAUAUCACAGUACUUGACCCUGUCCAUAUACUGUGUUAGUGGUCUGCUGGCCGGCGUUGCAUGCUUGAACCUGCCAGUUGAGACAUUGGGCAGGGGUCUGCCGGAUUCCAGUCUUUACCAGGAGGCUGGAGAGCAGACUGCCACCACAACCAGUCAGCCAAAUGGCACAACAGACUCCUCGGACCAGAGGUAGACCAGAGAGGGGGAAUGAAAAAGUGGAACACAAUAUAUAGUAUAGUAUUUAGUCAACUCCCAGGCUGCUGCAGACACCAAAGUUGCCUGUUUAACUAUGAACUGAAUCCUCUGAGUGCUGACGGAUGAAGAACAACAGGAGACAAUCUCAUUAGAGGCAGGAAGUGUUCAUUUGCCUACUUCCUAAUGAGAACAUAAGCACACUUGUGCUUGGACUGGUUUGUUACCCUCUCUUCCAGGCUGUGAGAAGCAACAGAGAGCACUAUGGAAAAUGAGGAUGCACUGUGCAGACUCAGAUCAGAGCUACACAUUUCAAGCCGCGCAACUGAGACUUUUAUUUUACAAAUUUUGGAUAAAAAUGACUCAUUAAAGUUGUUCAAUAUG